AUGAUUUCACAGAUAGGCUCAUGCUCCGACCAACAACGUGAAAUGCCGAAUACACUACCGGGUGCUCUCCAUCCGAGCAACCGAAACGCCAUAGAUUGGAACUCAAAAGGUGUCAUUGCCUAUGGAUCACACAGCUUGCUGUUUAUUGUGGAUGCUUUCACUUUUAAACGCGUUCAAACCGUCGACUUACAUAGCACUGCCAUUGAUCAUGUGUGCUGGUCGCCUCCGUUUUCAAUCAUUGAGCAGACGAGAGUGGAUGAUCACCGGAUUGCAUCUUCAGAUAUUAGUGGCCAGAUUAUCAUUUCGGAGCCAAUUUCCGCUUCAAAGAGAUGCCAAUUUUCCCAUGCUACCUCAAAUGUUAUUAACAUGAAAUGGUUUGUGUGGAAGGAUAUGAGCCGAGAUUUCCUCUUGUCACUGCAUUCCGGUGACUGUCUCAUUCUUUGGAAUACGGAGAACGGAGAAAAAAUUUGGUCGGUGACCUUUACAACCCCUCUGUUUUGA